GAAAGGCUUCAUUUAUAUGGCGCUUAAUGGUCACUCACCAUCUGAAAGCGAAACUUGUAACACGGAAAUCAGUUGCGGGAAUCUUGAACUGGAUAAUGUUGGAAAGCCUCGGCUAGGACUCGGGUCGACGGCGAACGAGAACAUCGCUCUGAGGAGGAAUUACCAGGAGUUGGAGCAACUGUGGAAAAAACAAAGGAUGUUGGGAGAAGAAGAAGUUUGGAUUUUGAAGCUGAUCGAUCUUUAUUCUAAGAGCGUGCAGGUGAACUAUCGACGAUUAACGAAACGUGUAAGUCGUAUUCAAUCUUAUCUUACGGAAGAAGAAAUCAAAGAAAUGGAAAAUGAUCUUCAGAAGAAGAAAUUUGCUGACAAAUACAGACGGUUACUUCGCAACCAACAGAAUAUUUGUCAAGACGAUGACGAAACGAAAGGUGAAACAGACAAUAAGACUGAAGAAGACACGAAAAAAGAUGAAAGUGACGUCACACCCCCUUUAUACGUCAUUAAAGAAGAAAACGAGACAGAGGAAACGGUUAAAAAGCUAACGUCCAACAAAGUUGAAAAAAAUAAAACUAAACGUUCUCAAACAACUAGAAGCCAAACGUCACAAUGCCGUCGAGCGUCGCGUUCUAGCAAUUCCAGCAGCACAAAACGACCAGAGACUUGCCCAGCCUCAAACAACGGCAUGGAAAACGAAGCAAUGAACGAAAUUAUUCCAAGUUUAGAAGUUUUACUUGAUCAACUACAUAACAUCAAACCUCAACAGUUUUACGAAAACCAACGCCGUUUAAAACUGUACGACAUACAGUUGCUAGGCGAAGAACUAGACGUGAAAAAGAAGGCGCUGUUUAAAGCGGUCGACGCGAUAGUUAAUUGGGAUAAAAAAGAAACAGAAGAGGAAGAAGCGGAGAGGAAGAGAAAAGAGGAGGAAGAGAAGAAACCACUGAAGCGUAAAACAUCCUUUAUGAGAUCAGUCCUUCGAAACUUUUCAAUGGAACUCAUGAUGAAGACGAUGCAAUAUGGGUGGACGGAUAUUGGGAAGUGUAGAUACUUAAGGACCAGGGGUGGAGACGACCAAGAAAUGGACACGAGUGGUGUCAAUACAUUGGCUAAAGAUACGAUGAAGAUCAGUCUCUACUCAGCGCCACCUGAGGACGAAGAAGGUAUUAAAUCACCACCGCAAGAGGGAGACAGCGAGGAAGCUACGUUUAAACAAAAUGAAAAACCGAUUCGUACGGCUGAUUUGUUGGGACUCAAAUCGCCAGAAGAAUAACCUCUGAUGAUCCGUUACAUCUCCAAAUGAGAUCUAUAUUAUACAGGUGAAGUCCUACGCGACAAGGAAUGUCAGGGAACUAGCAUUUAGACCAGAGUCGAUACAUUACUCUAACCCGUAUCGCAUUAUUUUGAAAGUGAAUUACUAUUUUAAAUUUGCCCAUCAUGCCCCGACAGACACCAUACAAUUUAAAUUACAUUUGAUUUCAUGCGAAUCGUGUCAACACGUGGUGGAUGAUACACCUUUUAUAAACGUAACCGUACUUGUAGUUUUUUCAUUUCAAAAUACAAUAAAAACAUUGUUAAGUUUUAAAUUUAAA